AUGCUAGAUGUGGAGGAGGAGUUUGAAAGUCUUAAAGCAAUCUAUCCAGAGAUCGAGCUGGACAUUUCGGCCAAAUCCGGACGUCUCAUGAUUCCGGUUGCAUUAGAUAAGGAGCUGGAGAUCCGUUUGGAAAAUAGCGUUCAGACGCAGCUAAUCGCUAAUCUUAGCCCCAUAGAGCUCUGUUUCAUGCUUCAAGACAAGUAUCCUGAGGAAGAGCCUCCACAUUUGGAGCUCCGUGGCGCUCAAUGGAUAGUUCCUAGUAACAAGGAUGCAAUAGUGGCUUCUUUGAUAGGCCUGUGGCAGGAUUAUCGCGAAGUUGUGCUUUUUUCCAUUAUCGAUUACCUAAAAGAGCGAAGCCGUGAUGCCUUUGGCGUGAUUGAUUUAUCGCAGCCCUUGGUGCUUGACAAGCAGAAGUACGAGCAGUACUUGGAGGCAGAUUUGCAGGCAAAACAAGCUCAAUUCAACCUGUCUACCUUUAUGUGCGAGAUAUGUCAGAUCGCCAAGAAGGGUCUUGCGGUACAAAGAUUUAAUUCGUGUGGCCAUAUUUAUUGCAGCGAGUGCUUGAGAGAAUAUUUUACCUCCAAUAUACUUCGUGGAGAAGUCGAUAACAUCCAUUGUCCCUCUUUUGAUUGCACCAAAGCCUAUGUGGAAGCGAACGAUCGAUUGUCGCGAGGCGUAAUGAACCAGGAUUUGAAGCAAUUCGAGAGAGAAUUCUUCGAAGUUAUGCUGACAAAAGACUUCCUCAACAGAAUAGUUGACCCAGAACUGACAGAGAGGUAUUGGAAGCUCAAUACAACAUACAAGUUCGAAAGAUAUAGACGACUGUUCCCUUUCAGAGUAGCACAGUGUCCUCGUAGACAUUGUGCAAAAUACUUUCUUCGCAAAGACGAGAACAACUUACUCUGUAUCUGUCCCGACUGCAAAAUGGCAUUUUGCUUUGGGUGCCUACAUUCGUGGCACGGCGACCUCAAUAGUUGCAGAAACUAUCUUGGAGAAAAGAUCCCAUUGGAAGAUAUCCAACUCUGGCUCGAGCAUGAACCAGAUUCCCAGGCGCGCAACAAUCUGGCUUUCAAAUAUGGCAGGAAAGCAAUCGUUUCUGCUGUUGAGGAGCAUCUUUCAGACAUGAUGUUCGAAGAGCUGAUUGAAUCAGGAGAUGCAGGGAUUGUCCGCUGUCCAUCCUGCUCCCUACUUAUCCAGCGUUCGGAUGGCUGCAAUAAAAUGACAUGCUCCCGGUGCCGAACCUACUUCUGCAACCUGUGUGGUGAGACAUUAUCGAGGACAGAUCCUUAUUCUCAUUUCAAUAACCCUAUGAACGAGUGCUUCAGACGACUUUUCGAUGGACUAGUGCAGGAAUCAUAG